AUGUGUUUCUGGAUCGUAUCGAGGUCCCUUGAGGACUUACUGACAUACUCUCUGGUUUGUCAGAUCUGUGGAUCGCGAGUCCACAGUUUUGUAGCUCGAGUGCUCUACACCCUCCUUCGAAAUCACGGAUUGAGGACAACGAUUGGCUGUUCGAACACUCAAGAAUACCUUGUGAUCACCGCUUGGGAAACUAUCGAAUCUUCCUGCCAGAAAGCGCGCUCAGACCAGAGGUAUUCAUCUCAAUAUUCAAUUGUCAAAAGGAUGCGGACAAGACCUUCCACUCAAAAUGGCUUAGAAACGGGAAUCUCACCAUCUCUUUGGGCUACGCUGUACACCUGCUCCUUUCUGCUCAGUCAAGCUGGAGGUCUGCACGUGGAAGAUAUCGGAAAAGCGUGUCGGUCGGUGGCACCAAGUAGCUUAUCAUCGAUUUCACGUAUUACGGAUGGAAAAUGCGGAGGAGGAGACCACUUAAUGAUUGCAGACCAGACAAUCAUAACCCCAAAACCUUUUACAGCCGCACUGAGCCGCACACUGACGAGACAAAAAGGACAUAAGAACCUGCUCGAAGAAAGUAACAACCUAAGCUUUGAAAGUCAAGUAAGCUGUCCAGACUCACCCGCACAAUGGCCUACAAAAUCAGGAAAAGAUAUACAUCAGCUGCCGGAGGAAACCAGGCGGCAGGGGUCGGGUAACAACUGCCAAGGAAUUGCUGAUGUUGGGAAUGUAGAUUGGAAUGUCCUUAGACAUCGCAUUCUCCACAGCAUCCCAAUCAGCGAGAGUGACCAAAGCGGACUCUGUCAGAAAGCAAGCGCAUCACCAUCACGAUCACGAAAAGACAUUUUAAACGGGCAUACUGCAACUUCCGUAGAGAGACCUACUACAGACCCAAAACAACCGUGGUUACUCACAUUCUUACUGUGGCUUUGGUCAAAGGUGAUGGUUACAUUCCAGUCUCUUUUGAGGAUAGGAGAAAGACAUGAAGCUACCAGACUCUCAUCGUUAUCUUGUGGUAAAGGCCCCUUUGAACCUGAUCGUAGGGAGAGGACUACGCUUCGAUUUUUUCAAAGAAAGCACAGCGAUAAACUUGAGGAUUUGAAAGACCAGACUGUUAUACAUGAGGUAGGGUACAAGCCUCAUUAUAGGCUGAGCCUCACAGAGCCGCCGGAAGUGACACCAAAGCCAUCUCGCUUGGCUGUCCCGAAGACCAACACAAAGGAAAGGUCCAAUGACCAGGGAAUUACCGAAACUUCUCGUCUUGCAAGUCAUGGGACAGAAAGGCACAUAUUUGUGAAAGAAUUUUAUCCCUCCAUGGAGCUUUCUCACCAACCAACGGGUGAAAAAUCACACGUCGGCCAAAGGAAAUCCAAUGGAGCUGAGGCAGCUGUCAAUAACUUAGAUCGCGAAAUAUAUCUCGAGAUCAAGAGCAGCGAGCCCUUCGAAAGCCACAAUUCUUGGAUCAUCUCACAGCCCAAAUCCACCCCAGGAUCCAUGCUGGAUAAGAUAAACAUCAACUCCAGGAAAUCGAUGUCAUCAAAAACUUUCAAGUUUUUGGAAAUCUUGAGAAAAAGCGAUCUCAGUAACCUUGAUGGAUAUGAGACAAUGAGGCUUCAAUGUAUCCAGGCUUUUGGUACUGAUAUUGCAAGUGCAGUAACACGUAGGCCGAAAAAGAUUUGGCGAGGCUCUGAAAGACAAAAAAAGUAUGAUCUCAGCAUUAGUAGGCUCUUACAAUCAGUGCUGAAAGAAAGGGAAUUAUCCGAGAAGCAGUUGACCAUUGCCUGGAAGCUAAAAAAUAGGAUACAACCAUUGGUUUUCACACAUGAGGAGUGGGAAAAGAUCAAAAGAGGUAUACAGAUAUGGAAAACAUUCCCAGAAAGACAGAGUGAUCAAACCUUGGCGAUGGAAUUCUUGAAUAUCUCUAACAAGGUUGGAUUUUUACCGGACAAAAGCGAUCUUAGAAUGCUAUUGUGGAAACUGAAAUACCGUCAAAGUCUUAAUAACAUUGAGCACUUGAAGACAAAGGCAAUGGUACUUUGUUAUAAGAAAAAUAUCCUUGCAACCAACAUAUUCUUUGAAAAUGCCUUGUGGUACGUAAUGAAGACUCCAGACAAGUUCUUAAUUGGAUGUUCACAAAGACAGACGGACGCAAUAAAACGCAAAUUAGAACGCUUUGCUUUUACUGCAGAUGAAAAAUAUACAAUCAUGGAAGCUUUGGAGCUACAAACUUACCCUGACAGGCACUCAUGGACUUUAUCCCAGAUGGAUAUCCAAAACAGCAAAGACCCAGAUCACAAAUUGGCACUUUCACCUAUUUAUAAAUCAUAUCAAGAGGCUUUGAAAAACCCCAAAACAUUAAGACGUCCUCAAACACAGAGGGAACAGGGAGUCACAAUGUCUCUUCUGAUAUCACAUUAUGAUAACUUGAAAUUUCCCAAAGAUUUGGAGACAGUCAAGGGCAACAACUCAGAAUCUCAAAAAAGAAAAUUGAUCAAAGUUGACAGAAGAGACAAACAUUUGGCCAAGUCUUUGAUACAGGCAGUUGGGAUUCCAACUUCAUAUAUUGAGAUGUAUCAUCUGUUUUUGAAUUUGUCAUUGAAAGACAUAUUUCGUCUCAAACUAAUCCAUUCAGACCUCUUGACAUCUUCAAAUCCUGAUUAUGAGAAUAUGAUUAAUAUGAUAUCAAGGAUCAUGGAUAAGGCAAAGCAGAAAAUAAAUGCAGCCUUGUCAUUGGGAGCAUAG